AUUAACAAAUUGAAAAUUUGUAAAAUAAAAUAAAUAUCGUAAGCUCGGAUCUUGUACCGUACAGCAGUUGUUUUGCCCCGCAGGCCUGAUCAGCAGAACAAAAUUCACACCACAGUAUUAGCUUUUUUAAAGUUGAUUGUUUAAAAGCUUUGCCAGCUCUGCACAGCACUGCUUUAUUUGAAAGAAUCGAGAACAAUUAAAAGAAGUAAACACGCAGGGAAUUUUUUGAAAAUUAGGAAGCAAACUAAAUUGAAAAAAGGAAAAUAAAACGAUGCGUGGCAAAAUAGUGCGGAAACGUGAGAAAUGAUUUCAUUUGCAGAUUGAUUCACUCUCGUCCACUCAUUCCUUUAAAAAUAAAUUCAUUAUUUUAUGACUAAUAUUCUGAACUUUUUAUCACAUUCAUGGCCUUGUUUUUAUUUAUUAAUUUUGAAUAGUUUAGAGUUCACUGGAAAUUAUUUUUAUUGUGAUUGUGAGAAGUUCAUCGGAGCAAUAAAAAAAAUAACAUAAAAAAGCACCUAGUAGUCUUUUAAUAUUUUAGCGUAUUGAUUAUACCAAUGCAAACGUCUAAUAAAUAACAUUUAACCUUUUCCCUGAUUUUAAUAUGACAAAAAUGAAUUAUCUACGGUUAUUACGAUUUAGGACACUAUUAGGUCCCACGCAGGCGUCAUCAAUGCUUUAUUGAGCGGAAACUAUUUUUUGAUGAGCUGUUCACUUUGUUAGUAGCCAUGAUGUUGCUCGCCAUCAGCAUGCACACCGCUACGACUCUAUCUCUAGUUUUUAUGUGGUUACCUGUUUGCAUUGGACAGUGUCAAGGAAAUAAAAGCGCAGCAGAGGUCAAGAGAAAUUUAGAGGACAGCAUGAAAUAUUGCAUUGCGGAAUGUCUCAAUCUGCGAAACAAAAUCACAGAUAAAACAUGUUUGUUCAAAACAACUACCGGAAAAUUAAAAGGUUGUGACGUGGGAGUUCCUGAUAGGAAAAUAAAAUUCAAAGUGAUUUGCAAAUUUGAUGACGACUAUGAUAUUUCAGUUCUAGUCCGCGAGAAGGGUCAGCCGCUCUGCGAUAUUUUAAUAUUACCAGUGGCCAUGUUCAAUAAAGAAACUAACUUAAUGGAAAUGCAGCCUGACAGAUGGGACAAAUGGAUUCCUACGUUUGAAAUUGCAAAAGGAUUGGGAAUCAAGUUGACGGUCAGGAUCGGCGCUUGGAACGAGUGGAUCAUGCACCCAAGGGAUUUCACCAAGGUAGCGAAAAACGAACAGGUUAAGACGAAAUUCGCGCAGGGAGUGGUAAACUUAGUAAAAAUAUACGACUUGGACGGGAUCACGAUUUCGUGGAUGUGGCCAAGGUGCCCGCAGGGUAAUUGUAUUGAAGAUGUGGAUAGGAAAACUGUUGCCAGCUUUGUGCGCGCUUUAGCGGUUCCAUUAAAAGAGAUGGGAAAAGUUGUCAUCUACCAUAUGACUGGAGUCUAUAUAGACACAAUUAUGGCGGCUGGGGACUAUUUUAGUGAUAUUGUAGACAUUAUAGAUUACUUCUACUUUGAAACCAACUACCAAAGUGGAGACUGGAGCGCGAAAACAGAUUUCAACUUUAAUUUAAAACAAACUAAAGACGUUAUGAAAGAGCUCACAUUUAAAAUCAAAAGAAGCCAAGAGUUUAAGAGAAAAGUUUUAAUAACUGUUGAGCCUUUGGCUUUUAACUACGAGCUAAGUGACCCAAACGUAACGAAACUUGGAGCCUUCUUUGUGAAAAACACUCAAAUGAAAAAGACACUCCACAUGCCAGAAUGGUGCAUGCGGACAAAGGACCCUGUGUACCAAUUGGUCAAGAAUGCCGAGAAGCAAAACUACGCAUUCAAGCCGCAUAAUUUGUUUAUUUUUGAUGACCAAGAUUCACUGACAGCAAAGAUUAAUUUUGUGAUGGAAUUUGGAGCCGGAGUUGGGAUGCACAGCCUUGUCCCUGAUGACAUGAAUGGAGUUUGCGGCUGCGGCAGAAUGCCUUACUUAAGGCACGUAGUCAACAUACUCAAAAUGAACUGCGAACCGAUCCCUUGUUUUUAAUUUUAAUAUUUAAGCUGGACAAAAAAUAGAGAGUAACUUACAUUAUUUCUUAUAAAAAACAAAAUGUUUGUUAAAAUGUAAUUUGGACUUAUUUUUGAGGGCCUACAACAACCCAAAAUAAAAUCCAAAAUAUAUAUUUUUUUAAUUAUACAAAUGAGGCACCGAAUAAAAGACAAUUCAGGUCAAGGGCACUGUCACCGUGUCAAACAUG